AUGGUUGCUAGGUAUCAGACCCAAACAACGGCACAGCUGAAAGGCCAAUUUCCGGGAUCAGCAAUCUGGUCGGCACACCUGUACAAGGACAACGAUGUGCAGGUCGACGAUGGGUCAUGGGGUGCUCGCGUUUCUGGGGGCAACUUUCGCCCCGACGAGGCGGCAUUGAUCGCGCAGUACAAGGUGUAUUUCGGGUGCGGAGGGGAUGAGCAGUGCAGCGACAUUCGGUGCCGCUUCUGCUGGGAUGAGGAGGACACCUUGGACAGUAGCCUGCUAGAAUGCUCGAGGCACGUGCGCGUUGCGCAGGUAGUGAGCUGUGGCCAGGGGCGGCUGAAGGGUGGCGACGUCAAGGCAGCCACACGGCCUGGGCCGCCUGACGACUGGGCGUUGGGGCAGGGGCAGGGAGACGAUGUCGAGAUAUUCAAUAACCACCGCCGACGGGCGACCAUGGACCGCCACCAGCAGACCAAAUCACCCUCAGCAAGAUCAUCUACUUCUUCUUCCGUCACAAAGGAAACAAGAACUCCUUGAGCGGUGAGCCACCACCAUUUACGUGGUGGGUACUCGCUUACGACUACGUCGGGGUCGGCCAUGGUAACGAGCGGGUGCCCGAUUCCAUCACCGGGCAUCCGACGCCGUCCUAAGGUUUACCCUGUACACGCCAUCAGACGCCAGGUACAUAUGUACCACCAAUGCCCGCAAGGCCAAGAUGGAGCAGAGGGGUCGCGGCUUUGCAGGGAAACGCAGGGGGCGGGCAGAGACCGUGUCUGGCGGCACAAGUUCCGGCUCGCAUUACCGGGGUCCAGCAAGGGC